AUGCCUUGGCACAAUUCUAGUCUUCUUGUUAUCCCUUGCAGCAUUUCCAGCCAAUUCAAGAACCUCAGCAAAUCAGCAUUAACUUCAACAAUUUCCUUACUUCCUAAUUCCAAUUUGGAUAAGUCUGUUUGUAACAAAAGCAAUGCAAAACGUGACACUCAGCAGAUUAUCCAGCCUUACCUAUCCGAUAUCUCAGAUUACCUUCGCACAAUGGAGAUGCAGGACAAACAAAGACCAGCGGGUGAUUACAUGGAUAAAGUUCAGAGAUGCAUUACUACAAAUAUGAGGAGAACAUUGGUGGAUUGGUUAGUUGAGGUUGCGGAUGAAUACAAACUUCUCCCAGAAACUCUUCAUCUAGCUGUUUCCUACAUUGACAAAUUCCUAUCUAUCCAUUCUCUCAAUAGAUCCAAGCUUCAGCUGCUCGGUGUUUCCGCUAUGCUCAUUGCAUCGAAGUAUGAAGAAAUCACUCCACCAAAAGCAGUGGAUUUCUGCCAAAUUACUGAUAACACAUAUGAACUGCAUGAGGUUUUGGAGAUGGAAGCUCACCGUUUUCACUGCAGUAAAAAAAAAAACACAUGGCAUUGGCAACAGUAA